AUGCCCUUUUUGUCUGGGCAGGACGUUGCAAAGUUGAUGGCUAACUGCACAGGCCAGCCCAACCACAAUACCGUUUUGAAGGAGGAACGUGAUCGGAACGCGAAGCUGCAGUUUGAUCUGCGUGACUACGAGGAGGAGAACGAGGAGCUGUGCAAACGCGCAGCUGACGCCCAUCAGGUUGCACGUCAGCGCGAGGCCGCUUACGAGGAGGUGAGAGAGCUACAUACUUGUCUGCACCUAUACACCGUGCCCCUCGCCUCCCUCCCCCCGUACCCCUUGUCGGUACAUUUCUGCCCAUCUUUGAUUUCAGACAGUAAACGCGGAGAUCAUCGGAAUUUACCUAGGUUAGCGCGGUAG